CAAGUCAUCACGAUGCCAGCAUUGCCGCUGGAUGAACUCCAGCUGACAGAGAGGGAUCCCAAGACAGGGAAGCUGAGAACUUUACCGGCACUGCGCCCAGAAAUAAAAGCAGAUCGGUCUUUUGUGCUAUACAGACCGCCACCUGUUGUCAGAGACCCUGCUUUAGUGGAAGAGUUCUUGGAGCGCGCAAAAUUCAUUGCGGAUGACCUGAACUGGCUUCUGGCUUUGCCUCAUGACAAAUUUUGGUGCCAGGUAAUAUUUGAUGAGACGCUUCAGAAAUGUCUGGAUUCCUACCUGUGCUAUGCCCCUCGCAAGUUUGAUGCCUUGUUGGAUUGCCAUCCAGAGGUGAAUGACAUGCAGAAAUGUCUUCAUCGGAGUGUCUUCCUGACUUUCCUCAGAAUGUCCACUCACAAGGAGUCCAAGGAUCACUUUAUCACUCCCUCUGUCUUCGGAAAAAUUAUUUACAAUAACUUCCUGUUCGACAUCCCUAAGAUUCUGGAUCUCUGUGUGCUUUUUGGGAGAGGAAAUGGUCUCCUGCUCCAGAAGAUGAUUGAAAAUAUCUUCACUCAGCAACCAAGUUACUUCAGUGACCUAGACGAAACUCUGCCCACUGUCCUCCAGGUGUUCAACAAUAUUUUGCAUAAGUGUGGUUUGCAGUGUGAAGGAGCCUCUGCUGAGCCCCAGAAACUGGAAGAAAAAGUAAAUGUGACUCCGGGGAACAUGCCCCUCCAGGAGCUGAAGGAUAUUGUGCUGUACUUAUGCGACACUUGCACGACACUCUGGGCGUUUCUUGAUGUCUUCCCAUUGGCUUGCCAGACCUUCCAAAAACAUGAGUUUUGUUACAGAUUAGCUUCGUUUUAUGAAUUGGCAAUUCCUGAGCUGGAAUCUGCAAUUAAGAAGAGGCGUUAUGAGGAUAGCAGUGUUUUUGCUGAUUUGUGGAGGAGAAUUUCACAUUCCAGGAAGAAGAUGAUAGAAGCUUUUCACAUCCUAAUAAACCAAGUCUGUCUGCAGCCCAUCUUAGAAAGCAGCUGUGAGAACAUUCAGCCUUUUAUUGAGGAAUUUCUACAGAUCUUCACUUCGGUGCUUCAGGAAAGGAGGUUUCUCCGUGACUACGAUGAGCUGUUUCCUGUUGAGGAUGAUGUCAGUCUGCUUCAGCAAGCAUCCUCCACACUAGAUGAGACCAGGACAGCCUAUAUCCUCCAAGCAGUGGAAAGUGCGUGGGAAGGGGUAGACAGGAAAAAAGCACAAGUCAUUAAAGACCCAACACCACCAGCAGCAUCUAAUGGUGCAUCAGCAAUAGCGGAGAGCACUGCCGAGGACGUGGAAGAGCUCGGGGCUGCAUAUGCAUCAGAGGAUGAGUGUGCCGGUGCAGCUGCUGCGCCCGUUGUCAAGGUGUCAGGCGUGGAGCUGGACUCUCUGAUCUCUCAAGUGAAAGACCUGCUGCCAGACCUUGGUGAGGGCUUCAUCCUGGCCUGCCUGGAAGAGUACGGUUACAACGCGGAGCAAGUGAUCAACAACAUUCUGGAAGAUAAACUGGUGCCAUACUUGGAUAAGCUGGACCGAACAAUGCAAAGACAGCUGAAGCCAGACCCUACUCCUCUAGUCACUUCUCGCUAUAAUGUUUUCCAGAAUGAUGAGUUUGAUGUUUUCAGUAGGGAUUCAGUGGAUGUUUCUCGGAUACAAAAAGGCAAGCGGAGGGAGAAGGACACGACCAGGAGUUUGCUGAAUGAUAAACGCCUGGUUGCUGAGCAGAAGGAGCGCUACAGCCAGUACAGCGUGAUUGUGGAGGAGAUUCCUGUGCAGCAGGGAGAAGCUCAGCUCUACAGGGAGGACUACGAGGACGAGUACGAUGACACUUACGACGGAAACCAAGUGGGGGCAAAUGAUGCUGACUCGGAUGAUGAGCUGAUCAGUAGGAGGCCGUUCACAAUUCCUCAGGUCUUGAGACCUAAAGGACAGGAGGAAGGACAGGAGGAAGAGGAAGAGGAUGAAGAGGAGGAGGAGGAAGCUGAAAAGGAAAGAACAAAGGACCACUUUGUGCAGGACCCAGCUGUACUGCGGGAGAGAGCUGAAGCCAGGCGGCUGGCUUACCUUGCGAGGAAGGGGCACAAGCACGACAGCUCGGCUGUUGUUGGGAAUGUGAAGGGCCACGGGCAGAACCGGGAGACGGUGCAGGAACGAAGGAGGAAGGAGGCAAACAAAAGCACAAGAGCUAACCAUAAUCGACGAGUCAUGGCUGACAGAAAGCGGAAUAAAGGCAUGAUUCCUUCCUGAAAGACUCGGCGCAGGUGUUGCAUCAUCCCCAGUCCUCUGCUUAGGAGGAGGCAGUUGUGCUCCGUUCCCUCGGCACUCCCUUUGCUCAGGGGACUGGAUGUCGUGGUUCAAUACCUGGCACUUCAGCUCGUGCGGAAUUGCACGCCCUGUGGGAGGGCUGCCCAGUUCACAGAAAGGAACUGCCCUCCAGGCAG